AUGAUAGUGUUUUGUGGAGAAAGAUUGUACCAUUUAGAUUUAUUCAUUAAAAAUUUCCAGAUCAAGUCAAUAGUUUCUGAUUCAUUUUAAUCAGCUCAUGAAAAUGCUAUUAUGAGUAUGAACUAAUCUGAUAUUGAAAAAGAAUUCAUCAACCUAUUAUCACCUCCAUAAUAUUAAGCCACAUAAUAUCAACAUUCAAAAGAUCAUGUGAGUAUCUAAUUUCUCGUUGUUAUAGAAGAAUUGAGAAAAAACAAAGAACCUAAAGAAUAAGAUGUCUUUGCUGAAAUAGGGGAUUUGCUUAAUCUUCAAAAUAUUGAUGUGAAUAAGAAGAAGUUAAUUUUUGAAGAUUUAAAAAAGAAAGAAAAUGAAAAGUUAAAACUUAAAAAUAUAUCAUUCGAUUUAUUUGAGAAAUUAGUUUAUCUCUAUAGCAGAGAAGAGAUUUUUUAAACAUUUAAGCUAAUAGUUUGCUUAGCAUAAUUAUUAAUAAAUGAAAAAUAUCAUUUUAUGUCUUUAUUAAGGAUUUAAACAAAAUAAUAGCAAAAAAGAGGCGUAUCCUUCUUUGAUAAAGGAGUAUUUGAAUAAAUAAUUGGAGAUCUAAAUUCUUCCAAAAAAGAGGGGACAUCAUUAUUUUGGAAUACAAUAACUAGCACAUCGAUGAAUUUUGAUAUUGCACGAACUUUUGCAGAGAAUAAUUUUAAUGGAAUAAUUUAUUAAAUCGAAUUAGAUGAGGAUGUUCCUCACCCUUGCUUUAAGUUAGAAUAAUAUCACUCUAAAUAUACUGAAGAAGAAGUAAUAUUAUUCCCAUAAUUUCAAUUUAUUGUUUAAGAAAUUAGGUUCAGGAAAAUUACAGAUUAAUAAUUCUAUUAUGUAUUUAUCAAACAAGUAAAGAAUAAUUAUGCAUUUGCACUGGAUCCAAUGAUGAGAAAGAUUUAUUGGGACUCAAUAGUUGAAGAGAAAAUAAAGCCUAAAAUAGAAACAUUGGUGAAUUUUCAUAGUAAAAGAAUUUUUGAAUUGUUAUCAUAUUUUGCGGAAGAUAUAUAUGAUAAAGAAAUAUAUAUGGAAGAAAUUAUAUAUGUAAUUGAAAAUGAAAUGGAAAUCCUUUUUAAAUAGAUACAAAAUUAGUUAACUAAAAUUUUAAGUCACUCUCGAUACACAAAUAUUUUGAAUCAAAUUGAAAAUCUCACUAAAAUAUAUACCUAAGUAGUGAAAAUUGAUUAUCAAAAUCAAUCAGUAGAUGGAUUCUUUUUAUUGUUUGAAGAACAUAUUGAUAAAGUCUUCAAAUCCUUAAGAUAAAAUAUUUGCACAUUGAUAUUAAAGGGAAUAAUAAACAUUGAUUAUUGGAAGGAAUAAUUGCAGAAUUUGUAAAAUAAAUUCAAAGAAAAAUAAAAGAAGGAUUCAACCAUAAAAAUUACUAAUCCUUAGGGAACAAAUGGUUAAUUUUUAUAAUAAUAGCUUGCUUAUUAAGGAAAUACUGCCGGAUUGUCGUAUCAAUAAUUAAAAGCCCAGAAAAUAACUUCAUUACAACAAGUAUAACAUAAAAAUGGUAAAUUUGCAUAUGAGGCUACUCUUUCUGAUGGGAAUAAAUUGCUGAUGCAUCACAACCCAAAUAACAAUAAUGAAUUAACAUUUACUAAAAAGAUUGAUGCAACUGGGAAAAAUGGAUAUUCAAAUAAAUGGGAAAAGGUAGGAGAACCAAUUAAGACUAAAUCAGUAACAGUUCAAGAAGUCUCACAAUCAAUAAAAGGUUAGAGCGAGAAAUUUAACAUGAAUGGUAUACAAGCCUAAGAAUUGAAUUAUUAAUUCUAAUAAGCCAAAAUAAAAGGAUAGAUUGGAGGGAUAAUUGCAGGAACAGUAGGAAGUUUAACAGUUGACUGUAUUUUGGAUGGAGUGGAUCAAGAAAAGUUAGUCAAAGGUCUUGCUUUUUCAACAGCAAUUUAAGGAGGAAUUAUAUAUGUUUAAAGUGUACAAUCUUUGGGAAAAUUUGUACCUUAUGUUGGUAUAGGGUUAACUACUUUGAUGACUAGUAUUUCUGUAGGUGGAGUAGUUUUGUCUGAUUUCUUAAGUUAGAGUGAAAAAACCUAUAAUUCUCUAUUUAUUGCUCUAAAAACAGGAGGAGCUAUAGGAUUGGGUUACUUAGGAAUUGAAGGUGGAAUGGCUUUAGGAGCUGCAGGAGGUCCAGUUGGAGUUGUGGUUGGCGGUAUUCUUGGAGGUUUUAUGGGAGGAGCAGGCGGUAAUUUAUUAGCAAGAGCUAUUGAUUACUAUACUUAGUUUAAUUUAGAGGUCAAAUUUACAAAGGAGAAUAAAUCUGAUGUUAAGGAUGGAUUAUUACUAUAACCAGGUAGACGUCCUGAAAUUAGAUGGAGUAAAGUUAAGGAGAAGGUGAACAGCCUUAUUCUAAUUGCAUAAACAGACUCUCAUAUUGCCUGUUUAAUUACAAAUAUUAACAAGAAUCUUGAAGUAAUUUAUUCUGAAGAAGAUAUUGGAGUUUAAUUUAAUGAAUAUAAAUAUAUAGGUCCUGAUGAUUCUUGUAAAACAAUUACAUUUAGACUUCUGGCAACGACUGAAGAAUAUGUCAAUGAUGAAGAGAUAUUGUAACAAUUACAAUGUAAUUCAAUCUGUAUUAUUGACAUUGCAACGGUUAAAAUUAAUUUAGGAAAUUUAGAAUGA